GCCGCCGGAGGACGUGUGCGAAGAUAAGGCACCGGCUGCCCGGCCUUUGCUCCUGCUGGCCCCUGCGGCCAUGGCCCCCGAGGGAGGGACCCUCCUGCUGGUCACCCUGAGCCUGGGCCUGGCCAGCACCCAGCAGACUCUGGAGGAGGUGCCCGUGCAGCCAGACUUUGAAGCCCGGAAGGUGGAGGGACGCUGGCUCACCGCCCGGCUGGCUGCCAGCCACACACGCCUGGUCUCCCCCGAGGACCCCUUGAGACUGGCCCUCCAUUCCAUUGGGACCCGGGACCAGGACCUGGAGUUCGUCUUGUUCUGGAUGGGAGGGGGGGUGUGUAAAGGGGUCAACAUCACUGUCCACCCGACGGGACUCCAAGGCCAGUACCAUGGCGCCUUUGAGAGAGGCGGCAGCAUCCUCGUCCGCUUCGUUGGCACCGACUACAGCAGCCUCAUUCUUUACGUCCGCUUCCAGGACGGCGGCGGCGAGGUCACCAGCCUGUGGGCGCUGCUGGCCAGAAGAGUGCCCGGGGACCCCAAGUGGCUGGGGAAAUACCUGGAGUAUGUCAGGAAAUUCCAGCUACAAGAAGCACCUGUCUUCAACCUGGAUGCCCAGUGUCCCCCACCUGAUGCCUAGGUCAGGGCCAUCCCUGCGGCUCCUGUGUCUCUCUCACCUGAGCACAUGCCUUUCGACCCCUCUGCUUCCCGAGGAGACCUUCCCGCCUGGGCCCGCACCACCCUCGUUGCCCCCCCUUGCUGUGGUCACCAGGCCUGCCAACCCAUGAUUGAGGGGCCCACGGGCUGGAGAACACUGGGUUGUGAGGACAGGCAGGUGGCCUGGAGCACAGCGCCACAGUCCAGCGGGCAAGCCGUGGUGACCCCGUGAGGGGACAGUGACCCUGUGAGGAGCUAGGCUGGCACUCUUCUGACCUGCCUCACCCAGGUCCUGCCCUGGGACAGUCCCUGCCUGGGUCAGAGGGGCACUGAGUGACCGGGCUCCCCAGGCCCGCACACCUGCAUGCAGGUGAGCUGAGACAGGUCACACCCCCCGACCCCCGAGAGUCGACCCCCGAGAGGCGGUGCUGGAUGGAGGGUGCCCAUCUCUGCUGGGGAACCGGGGCCACCGGCCGGCCGGGCAGGCUCAGGAAACUGGGUCGGGGCCUCCACACUGCAGUCUGGAAGCACCGGGGAGACAGGUACAACCAGCUUCUGCCCCGGGCACGCCCUCCGCACCCAGGGCCAGGCUCCCCGGUCGAGGGGCGGCAUCUGCACCUGGGCAGGGCGGCGAGGAGCGGCUGCUCCCUGCACGGCAGCUCCCUCCAGGCCCUCAACCCCCGAGAGGACAAGCGUAAGGGACACGUGCUCAUACGAUUAGCUUGAAACCUGCGGACCUUGUGUGGACAAAGUGUUAGACAGCCUUGCUCUGGGACGCGGAAGAACGCGACGUGGGAACAGAUCUGGGGCACUCCUGCGGAGCCGUGUGCAACUUAAAUAUUAACAAUCCUUGCGUUCACCUGCACAUUGAAGCAUCCGACCAAUAUUAAACGCGACGUU